CAGGGUAGUAGGGCAGUUGGUGCAUUGAACCUGCUGCAGACUCCGGCUCAGAGAGACAUGGCUCGUGGGAUUCAUUUGGGGAUGUUGCUGAUUUUUGUUCAAGCAGAGCAUGUUUGCUGUUCAUGGGCCACACAAGCUCACGGCUCCCAGAGACCAAACGACAACACAUAUGUUGGCUUCUCACAACGCGACGGUGAUGAAACCAGACUUGGUGGCAGUUAUCCCCAGAAUAAAUUCAGACAGGCCUCCAGCAGCUUUAACCCAGAGCCUGUAGUUGGUAGCAGUUAUUAUAAUAACAAUAAUAAUCAUAAUCAGGGCUCUUCACAGCCAGCUCAGAGCAGCAGUGGCUACUCAUCAGUCCGGUUUGUGCAGGGUAAAGUGUCAAAGCCCAACUGGCCAACGUCUGUGCCCAACAACUUUAACACUCAAAAAGCAGAAACACCACAGAAGUCCAGGUUUGACCUCUCUACUUCUAUAGUGAGUGGAAAUUCUGUGCCCAACAACUUUAACACUCAAAAAGCAGAAACCCCACAGAAGUCCAGGUUUGGCCUCUCUACUUUGAUAGCGAGUGGAAACUCGGUGUCCAAGUAUUCGACCGAGAAAAGCUACACGGCGAUCAGGCCGAGGAGUUGGCCAGAGGAGCAGGGAACCCGUCGCACCGGUCAGUAUCUGCCUCGCAGCUCUGAGUUCUCUCUUGAGAGAAACUACUUGACCUCGUCCUCGCAGCAGUCUGCAGCACAGAGGCCUCGCAGCUCUCCUGCCAACACUCCGGCCUUCUCCUCUCAAGGACGCUCCUCCGCUCCUCCACCUGCACAGAAGGCCAGUUUGUUCAGAUCAAACUCUUACGUUCCAUACAAGGUGCAAAUGAGAACCUCAGCCACGGCUCCUGCUCGGAGACUGACCUCCAAACACGCUCGGCUCUCGUCCGCCGGGCCUGACAACACAUACCAGAGCGAGUCCGCUCCCAACAUGGACUCAAGUGCUGUGUUUGCACCGAGGAGCAUGCAAGUGAAAACAAACCAGAGGUUUAACAACAACAACCCCAGGUACACGUCUGAGCAGAACCAGGCUGGGGUGAGCUCGCUGUGGAACACAAACGCAGGCCAGCCUGGAUCUAAUCCUGGAUCUAAUGCUGGAUCUCAACGCUUCGCUCCAACCAAGACCCUCAGCAUCCCCGAGCGCUUCGGAGGCUUUGCCAUCAGGCGUCUGAGAGACCCAGUCCACCAGAAACCAGCUCCACCGCAGCGCCACGCGGCUCCUUCACAGAAGACUGCGUCGUACGACCCACAGCAGGGUUUUCAUGAGCCGAGCCGGUGGGUGAACGUCAGAGCAGGACAGAGGCAGCAGUGACCUGAUCCUGGAAUGUUUGUGUUUAAAAUAAAUCAUUUUAAAUCUGGACUUGAA